CAAGGUAUGAAAAAUGGCGGCCUUGUGUAGUGAGUUUGGCGAUUUAGUUCAAAUAAAAAAACAGCUGAUCUCUGUGAUAUCGCUUUGUAAAGAAAGAGGACUUGUACAUAGCGUGAAAUGGGCUUCAGAGUUGGCAUUUGCCUUGGACCCCCUUCCCAAGAAUGAAUUACCUCCAUCGGCAACUUUUACUGAGGAGGAUGCUCAGGACCUGGAUGCUCUUGGCCUGGCCAAGUCCUACUUUGACCUGAAAGAGUAUGACCGUGCUGCCUACUUCCUUCGCGGUUGCCGCAGCCAGAAAGCAUACUUCCUGUACAUGUACUCUCGCUAUCUGUCUGGAGAAAAGAAGAAAGAUGAUGAGACUGUGGACAGCUUGGGGCCUCUGGAGAAAGGUCAGGUGCGUAACGAGGCUCUGCGGGAGCUGAGGGUGGAGCUGAGUAAGAAGCACAGUGCUGGAGAGCUGGACGGAUUCACUCUGUACCUGUAUGGGGUGGUUCUGCGGAAGCUGGAUCUACUGAAGGAGGCGGUAGAUGUGUUUGUGGAGGCGACCCAUGCCUUACCUCUACACUGGGGAGCGUGGCUGGAGCUCUGUAACCUCAUCACCAACAUUGACAUGCUGAAGUCCCUGUCUCUGCCAGACUGCUGGAUCAGAGACUUCUUCAUGGCCCACAUGUACACAGAGCUGCAGAUGAUCAAAGAGGCCCUGCAGAAAUACCAGAGUCUGAUUGAGUCCGGCUUCUCCAAGAGCACGUAUAUCAUCUCACAGAUUGCUGUGGCCUACCACAACAUCCGAGAUAUUGACCAGGCUCUGGCUCUGUUUAAUGAGUUGCGGGAGCAGGAUCCCUUUCGCAUUGAGAACAUGGACACGUUCUCCAACCUGCUAUACGUCCGUAGCAUGAAGCCAGAGCUCAGCUACCUGGCCCACAACCUGGUGGAGAUAGACAAGUACAGGGUAGAAACCUGCUGUGUCAUCGGUAACUACUACAGCCUGCGGUCGCAGCAUGAAAAGGCAGCGCUGUACUUCCAGAGGGCUCUGAAGCUGAACCCUCGCUGCCUGGGGGCCUGGACUCUGAUGGGCCACGAGUACAUGGAGAUGAAGAAUACCUCCGCUGCCAUCCAGGCCUACAGGCACGCGAUAGAAGUGAACAAACGAGACUACCGUGCCUGGUAUGGCCUGGGACAGACCUAUGAGAUCCUCAAGAUGCCAUUCUAUUGUCUUUACUACUAUCGAAAGGCCCACCAGCUCAGGCCCAAUGACUCUCGUAUGCUGGUUGCUUUGGGAGAGAGCUACGAGAAACUCUCACAGCACGUUGAGGCAAAGAAGUGUUACUGGAGGGCAUACUCUGUGGGGGACGUGGAGAGAAUGGCUCUACUGAAACUGGCAAAACUUCACGAGCAGCUUAAUGAGUCUGACGAUGCGGCCCAGUGUUACAUCAUCUACAUCCAAGACAUCUUCUCCUGUGGGGAGCAGCUGGAGCAUGCAGAGGUGAGCACGGCCCUGCGUUACCUUGGCCAGUACUACUUCAAGAACAAACUUUAUGAUGAGGCUUCACUGUGUGCACAACGCUGCUGUGACUACAAUGACGCUCGUGAGGAAGGCAAGGCUCUACUCAGACAGAUCUCCCAGGUCAGAGACCAUAUGGAGGCCUCCUCCACAGACCUAUUUGGACCGCUGUCCUCCAACACCCCUGUUAGGAGGGUGUCUCCCCUCGAUCUGUCCUCCUUCUCCCCCUGACACACCACCCCUCUGGAUAGCUGAAAGCUCUGCAUCACUGACUAAUGGGACAAACUCAUCUCUGCCUUAUAUCCUGUUGGUUCCAUAUACAGUUAUGGUGAAUUAGUACUUCAUAGAGGGAGAAUGAAUGUCUACCCUUAUACAUAAUGUAAAUAUUUGUAUGUUUACAUGUCAGUACAGCAGUUGCCACCCUACUUUUUAAUAUGAAAGAAUUCUCAGAACCAUUGACAGUUGAGUCAUUAAAUCAAUGGAAACUGCAUGCUAAUGUUACUUAGAAUGCAUUUUUAUUAUAAAUUUUACUGUUGCACCAAAGUAUAUUGAAAGACUGGACAAACAUUGAAAGCAAAACCUUUACAUUAGAGAAUUCAAUUGAAACCAUGUCUAAUAGUAACAACUCUUACAGCACUUUAGCAGGGAGGUAAUAUGGGCAUCAGUCCUCAUUCAACCAGAAUCUCAAAUGUUACCCUGCAUGUUGACAAACAUUUAUUCUCAGAUCAGAAACUGAAAAGUAGCAUUGUGUUUAAUACUCAGGUAUACCAGAGUCCACUACAAACAACUUUUGCAUUCCUAAGGAAGAUAGCUUAGCCGUGCAGAUACUGUAGUAACACUUGAAAUAAAAAGGCAUUAAAC